ACCAAUUAUUAACUUAGAUUCGAUUUGAUACCUAAUAAGUACUAUAUAGCUUUCCAUAAUAUCACAACACUUCAUGUAUCUGAAGUUCCUCAGCCAAAGAUCAAUAUCGAUAUAUAAUUUCCUUAGAAUAUUAAUCAUGUCAAAAUUCAUCCAUGCGAAAUGACGUUUAACCUUAUGUUUGUAAUUAUUUCCAAACAAAAUUAUCGCUCUUACAGUACAAGAGUAAAAUCUAAGGUUUUGCCGAAUUUGCAGAGAACGUAUUUCAAAUUUAAUGUGUGAUGAGAGAAAAGGAAUUUUAUAAAUCAUCAGGAUCUUAGAUGUGUGCUACUAUUACACCCUGUCGAUCACCACCUCGAUCAAGAUCCCCGACCGAAAAUCCUACAGAUGAUGUCAGAUUCCAUCAGCAACAUUCACCACAUCCACCACCUUAUAUUUAUUAUCCACCGCCUUAUCCACAUUUGAAUCCAUACGGUCCUUAUCCGUAUCAUCCUGGCGCGUUUUAUUCAUCACCGCCUUACUGUAACGAGGUAUCUCAAGAAUCGAAAGGUUCCUCUUGGUUCAGCAUUGUGUUACUGAUCUUUUUGUUGCUGUGCGUCGUUAGCAUUAUUUUCUAUCGAUCCCUGUCUCGUGAUACUCGGCGAAGAUUAAACGCCAGGCUGCCCACCUUAGUGCAACCAGCGCAGACCGCGGACAGAAAAAGGGAUGCGAAACAGAAUUAUCCCGCUGAAUUUGUUCUAUAUUCUGAUGUAACUGAUCCGCUCGAUAGAGAUUACAAUAUUAUCUGCGAUGGAUGCGAGGAUCGUCAACGUGGAAAUCAAUCGGACUGUAUAUGGGACAGAAGUAGAAAUGAAAGUAUCAUAGAGUAUUCGUCGGAGAAUAAAGUCAAUGUUGCUACAGAUAUAUCUGGUACGUCCAUGAAAGAAGUUUCCGAUCGGUUGCUACUUAGAACCAUGAAAGUUGAAUAAAAACAGGAAUCAAGUGAUCAAGAUUUGAUAAAAAAAAAAAAUCAAAUAAGCAAUAUCGACAAGCAAUAAAAAUCGAGUAAUAAAAAUAAAAAUUCAAGGAAUUAAAAUGUAAUACACGUCAAGAAAACUUUCGAUGUUUACACCUUUUCUUGGUACUUCACUGUUUACAUAUUACACAUAAUAUCAUAAAUCUAUAGGCGAACAGAUAAUUAUUGCGAUAGCUAGAGGAAGAAAUUGUACAAUUACGAGUAAAUGAGUGAAUUGCAUAAGAGUAAGGUUUAAUACUGCUUCUUAAUGAAGACGAAUAAGACUCUCGAGUUAGACAAGUGUAAUCAAAAUACGGAAUUAAUGAAGUCCGUUAAUUCAUUGGAUAAAGCAGAAUUCCAGAAUUUGUUACUUCUUUGUAGUUAUUAAAAGCAACCAUUUACUAUGACGUUAUACAUUUGAUAUAGAAGUAAUUUUAGACUCUCUGUUAAUGUGUAUAUUUUUAUAACAUGAACAUAUAAAAUUUAUAAAAAAUUUUAUCGCAAGAAUAAACUAUAUAUCGUUAUAAUAAUAGAGUGAAGUAGCGAGGAAAAUAUUGUUUUGUGAUUUUGUAUCGUAUUCAUUUUUGAACCUCGAAUAAAAAAUUACACAUAUUUAACUUUCA